AUGAACGACACAGUAGACAAGUUAGUCAUCUUCUUAGCCAAACGCGACGGCAUAGACAAGCUCGUCAAGACCUUCCAAUACGUUUCCAAGCUAGUCCAUUGGCGGCUCGAGACAACUCACCCCGACCUCGCCAAUCGAGCCAAGCUAUGGGAGGUUGCUUCCGGCCUUAGUCGCAAAGCUUUCCGAUCAGGAAGGUUCCUCACCGGCUUCAAUGCACUUAGGAGGAACCCAGGUCCCACCUCCACUUUCAGGGUUCUAUCUGUCCUCUCAAACGCAGGAGAAAUGGUCUACUUCUUCUUUGACCAUUUUCUCUGGUUCGCCAGGAUCGGUCUGCUCGAUGCAUCUUUGGCUAGGAGGAUGAGCUUUGUCUCUGCUUUCGGUGAAUCCUUCGGGUAUGUUUUCUUUAUCAUAACCGACCUUAUACUAAUCAGAGACGGGUUGACACUAGAGAGAAAGCUCGUCAUGGAUUCGAAGGAGGAAGAUGAUGAUGUGGGAGAUAAAGUUAGUAAGAUCAGGGGAGAUAGAGUGAUGAGGCUCAUGGCUAUUUCGGCUAACUUAGCCGACUUGUUCAUCGCUUUGGCCGAUAUCGAGCCCAAUCCCUUCUGUAACCACACGAUUACGCUUGGGAUUAGCGGGCUAGUCUCUGCAUGGGCUGGCUGGUACAGGAACUGGCCCUCUUGAAUUCAUUCAUUGCAUGCACAAAAUGUUUGGAAUUUUCCAACAACAACAAAAACAAAUGAAAAUGUCAUGUUCUUAAGUGCU